AUGAAGUCAACUCUGGCGAUUGCCCUGCUGGCUGCGGUCGCAAGGGCGGCGAACAACGUUGUCAACCAGACCACUUGCGCCGGGACUACCUACAAGUAUACCGGGCUAGCCGGAUAUGGUUUCAUUCCGUCCAACGCGACGGACAAGUACGGUGACACCAUUGGUGGUAUUGGUAGCUCCAUUGCUAUCGAUCAAUCGUCAUGGCGCAAGUCGGACGACGAUGUUUACUCGGGAACAAUCUAUACAAUCCCGGAUCGUGGAUGGAACACCAAUGGAACUCUCAACUUCCAGUCGCGUAUUCACAAGUUUGCCUUGACUUUCAAGUUGGCCCCCCAUGCUUCGGCCAAGAACCCUUCCGACCCCAAUUUGCACUUGAAGUAUCUCGAUACUGUUCUUUUGACCGGGCCCGAUGGUAAUCCUACCACUGGCCUGGACGCCGAUGCUACUGGAAAUGCUUCCUACCCCGGCUUCCCGCCCCUGCCAGCGGCGACCUACACAGGCGAUGGCUUCGGCGGUUCCGGCAAGGGUGGCAAGAGAAUUUCCAUCGACGCAGAGGGACUCGCCCUCGCAAAGGAUGGUGGCUUUUGGGUCUCUGACGAGUAUGGCCCGUACGUUUACAAGUUCAGUGCUUCGGGUCGCAUGGAGCUUGCAAUCCAGCCUCCGCAGGCCUACCUGCCUCGCCGAAACAAUACUCUCAGCUUCAGCGCUAACUCUCCACCACUGUAUGACCCGGCUGAGGUGCCUACCCCCGAAGACACGGACUCUGGUCGUGAUAACAACCAGGGCUUUGAGGGUCUGACCGUCUCUCCUGAUGGCAAGACCCUCUAUACGCUGAUUCAGAGCUCGCUUGAUCAGGAAGGUGGGCCAAAGAAGCCAAACCGUGCCCCCGCUCGUCUGCUUGCGUAUGAUAUCUCUGGCAAGACGCCUCGCUAUAUCCACGAGUGGGUGGUUAUACUGCCGAAAUACAAUGACUACACUGAAGAUGAUGCGAGCAAAGCCAACAAGGUUGCCUCGCAGUCGGAGAUCCACCAGCUUCCAAACGGUGACUUCCUGGUUCUGUCUCGUGACUCCGGCUUUGGCCAUGGACAAGACGAGUCGCGGUCUGUGUAUAGACAGGCAGAUGUUUUCUCUGUGUUGAACAAUUAUUCUGUGACCGAUUUCAAGGGACAAAGUGAUUACGACACUGCUACUGGUGCGAUUGCUUCGUCGAAGGGUGUCCUCAAGGAUGGCAUCACUCCGGCAGAGUACUGCUCAUUCCUGGACUUCAAUGUCAACUCGGAGCUGGCCAAGUUCCGUCUUCACAAUGGAGGAGCCCAGGAUCAAUACUUGUUGAACGAGAAGUGGGAGAGUCUGGCCCUCGUUCCUGUGGACCCCUCUAAGAAUGGUCACCACCGUAAGCGGGGCGAGCAGGAGUAUUUCUUGUUCAGUCUCAGUGAUAAUGACUUUAUUACUCAAGAUGGACACAUGAACUUUGGCAAGUUCUCUUACAAGGACGCGUCAGGAUAUGAUCUAGAUAAUCAAGCCCUUGUGUUCAAGGUCAAGUUCUAG